AUGCAAAAAAGAAAGAAAAACAAGCCCAAGUAUCAUCCGAGCGACCCAGAUUUUCCUUAUGCCGAUGUAACACGGAGCCUCAUCGAACGAAUUGGGGUGGAGGGAUUGGAGUAUUCUCAGAUUAUGAUAUCUUCCAUCAAAGAAUUGAAUGAGCCAGACUGGGAUGGCUUGAAACCCAAAUUGGAUUUAACUGGCCAAGAAGACAAAAUUGAGAGAGAGGCAAAGAAGGAAGAAUUGAAAACGGAGAGUGUCGAAUAUCAUCGACAAAAGCGAUACUGGAGCAAAGCGAAGUGGCAUGUGCAUUCGCUGAUUAUGGAGUCAUUUGUUACCAGUAAAAUGAAGGACAAGAUUCUACAGGAGGUCGAUUACAAUGAGAAAAUUGAGGGUGAUCCUAUUGAAUUAUUGAGACGCAUCAAUAAAUUUAUGACGACCAGUGAUGUGACAGACUGGGAACCCAUUACAUUGUGGGAAGCACUACAGAAGUGGGUGAAUUGUCGUCAGAAAGGAAAUGAAACGGUGAUUGAAUACCGUAAACGAUUUGAAGAAUGCGCAACUACAGUAUUAUCUUUCAUGGGUGAUUCGUGGCUAGAAGUGUUUGCCGCGAAAACGACCGCAUAUCAUGAAAUUGAAAACAAUCACCCGACUAAUGGCUUGUCGGAUAGAGAAAAGAAGCGAGUUACAGCAGAAGUCAAAGAACUUCAAGAAGAAUUUCAGGACGAGUUUGUAAAACUGUUCUGCACUGCUGGAUUAUUGCACAACUGUGAUCGUGCACGAUACCAGCCGGUACUUGAUCAUUUUGUUACUGCAUACACUGUGGAGCACGUGGAUUAUGCUCAGCGAGAUUUAUUCCCGAGAGAUGUGGAAACUGCAGCCAAGGCGCUACACAAUCAUCGGGUAAAGAAAACAGCAACACGAAAACAUAACAAGAACAACAACAACAACACAAAUGAUAAAACGAACACCCCACAGAACGGUACUAACCUUGCACAGGAUUUCAAUAAGGGGAGUAAGCGAGUGGUGGACCACAGCCUUGAAAGCAAAAGAUUGGCAUUCAGGGGUGGAAUAUGGCUCAGUUUGGCGGAUGUGUUGAGUGCAACAGAUGAUUCAAAUAAAGAUAAGAAAAGGAGAACACGAAGCGGACGAUCAUUUUAUUCAAACGGAGUCAAGUAUCGACCCACAGAUAGGAAUCAAACUGACAGACCAAGACAUGGUAAGACGUACUUACAACGAAAGAAGCCCAAGAUCAAUUUGUUAAAGAACAGGAGUGCCAUGAGAAAGAAGGCACGGUUGAAGAGAUUACGUAUCUCAUUAUACCAGGCUAUUGCGUCAAAGGUAAAAUCACAAAAGAAAGAAGAGUUUCGAGAUGACAACGUGUUGAGCGCUGAAGCAAGAAGAAAGAUAACCGAACGGGCGCAUAACUUAAUGUUCCAGCAGAGUGGAACUGAGAAGAAAGCGACUUACAAUGUGGAUGAGUCGUUGGUGAUUUCACGCGUCAUGCAACAGAUUUGUGACGAGGUGUACACAAGGGAUGGAGUGUCAUUUAUUCAGCAGUAUUAUCUUAACAAAGGAUUAAAGAUUUUCAAAGAACGAGGAAAAGAAGCUGCACUCAAGGAACUUGAUCAACUGAUCAAACAAAGUUGUUGGACACCCAUCAGCAUUGGUGAAUUGACUGAAUCCGAGAAGAGGGAAGCAGUCGAUGCAAUGAUGUUACUGGCAGAGAAAAACAGUGGUGAUGUAAAAGGUCGUUUUGUAUAUAAAGGAAAUGAGACAAGAGACUGGCUGUCUUGA